UAGCCUAGACUGGCCUCUAACUGCUGGUUUCUGGCUCCUGAGUGCUGGGAUUUCAGCUAUCAUAACCGGCACUGAGUGUCAGGUAUCUACCUUCUCACCGGCGCUGAGUGUCAGGUAUCUACCUUCUCACAAGUGUGAUAAAACACGCCAAGGAAGUAUGCACACCUGCCUCACCCUCUUGAAGUUACCUUCUUUCGUGUAUCUCUCUCCUCAGUAGAGUCACGAUAUACCGAGACUAGAAGCGUGUCUUCUCCCUGCCCAGCACCCAGCCCAGCUGACUGGCAGCUCUGCUGGGCAUCAGCACUGGGAGACUAGGUUCUGGUGCUCGCCUUGUCACUUACAGACUAACAGGGAACGACCCACUCGUACUUCCGAGGUGUGGCUCAUCCCUAAAACCGGGAUCGCUCACCCGUGUCGUGAUCUGAGCACGGCGCAUGCGAACGACUGCGGCAUGUGCCCGCCAGGGGGCAGCAGCGCGCACCCGGCCAGCCCGCGGCGUCUCACGUCAGAGCGGAUGCCCCGCCCCGUGACCGUGACCGUGACCGUGACCGAGGGCUGCGCUGGGGCCGCGGCGCGGCGGGAGCGAUGGGGGAGGAGGCGGCUGGGGUGCGGCCCGAGCUGGUGCGCGAGGCGGAGGUCAGCCUGCUGGAGUGCAAGGUGUGCUUCGAGAGGUUCGGCCCCCGGCAGCAGCGGCGCCCGCGCAACCUGCCCUGUGGCCACGUGGUCUGCCUGGCCUGCGUGGCCGCCCUCGCGCACCCGCGGACGCUGGCCCUCGAAUGUCCCUUCUGCCGGCGGGGCUGCCGAGCCUGUGACACCAGCGAUUGCCUGCCAGUGUUGCACCUUCUGGAGCUCCUAGGCUCCACUCUUCACGCGUCCCCGGCUGCCCUCAGCGCCGCCCCCUGCGCGCCCGGGGUGCUCACCUGUCACCACGCCUUUGGCGGGUGGGGGACCCUGGUGAACCCCACCGGGCUUGCACUGUGCCCCAAGACCGGACGGGUCGUGGUCGUGCACGACGGCAAGAGGCGGGUCAAGAUCUUUGACUCCGGAGGAGGAGGUGCACACCAGUUUGGAGAGAAGGGGGACGCAGCGCAUGACGUGAAGUACCCACUGGAUGUCGCCGUCACCAACGACUGCCACGUGGUUGUCACCGACGCUGGCGACCGGUCCCUCAAAGUGUUUGAUUUCUUCGGCCAGAUCAAGCUGGUUGUGGGGAAGCAGUUUUCCCUGCCUUGGGGUGUGGAGAUCACCCCUCAGAACCAGGUCCUGGUGACUGACGUAGAGGCCGGGACCUUGCACCUGCUGGAAGUGGAUUUCCCCGAAGGGGCCCUUCGGAGGACUGAGAGGCUGCAAGCUCAGCUGUGCAAUCCCCGUGGGGUAGCUGUGUCUUGGCUCACGGGGGCCAUCGCGGUCCUAGAGCACCCCUCGGCCUUGGGGACAGCAGGCAAUAACACAAGGGUGAAGGUGUUCAACUCCACUAUGCAGCUGAUUGGCCAGGUGGAUAGCUUCGGGCUGAACCUCCUCUUUCCCUCAAAAAUAACUGUCUCAGCUGUGGCCUUCGAUCACCAGGGAAAUGUGAUUGUUGCAGACACCUCUGGGCCAGCCAUCAUAUGCUUGGGAAAACCUGAGGAAUUUCCAGCCCUGAAGCCCAUGGUCACUCACGGUCUUUCUCAUCCUGUGGCACUGGCCUUCACCAAGGAUAAUUCUCUUCUUGUGCUGGAUACUGCAUCCCAUUCUAUAAAAGUCUUUAAAGUGAUGGAGGGUAAUGGGGGAUGAUUGGGGUCCUGGGGCCUGGAGUCAGGAGUCCUGGUGUCCUCAGGAGUGAAUUGCACCCUGGAUGGGUCACUGUCACUCACCCAUCCAAGCAGGAAUAGUGGUAAUGGCCUGGCAGAAGUACUGGGUUUGAGGCAGUUAUUAAAGACUAGUAAUUACAUUUGUCAUUUAGUGAAUGCCUGUCCCAGUGUUAAAAAAUUUGCAAAUCUUAGCUCAUUUGCUCCUUAACACACAGAGAUAUCAUUUCUAUUAUUAGUCCCAUUUUAGAGAUGAGAAAACAGACCCAGAGAAUUUAAUAUGAUUUCUUCCAGUCGUGUUUACUGGGACAAUCACAAUUGAACUCAGUUCUGACUCUAAAUAUAAUGCCAGAUGUAAAAAAAAAAAAAAGUGAGCAUGUCUUCUGUAGGCUCCCCCUGCAAGUAGCUAACUGGUUAAGUGCACAAAGACACAGAAGAAAGGGGUCUCCAUGGAGCUUUCAGGAGAAAAAGGAUUUUGUGUGGGUCUCAGCCACCUUCAGCUGGGAGCUCCCCCGACAGCAGAGUACAUAGAUUAUUACUGAUCCCAAGACUUGAGUAAGAAGCACAGUUGAACUCUCCUUAUAAGGCAAAGGUUGCCUAGUUGGUAGUGUAUGCCAAUAGUCCCAGCACUUGGGAAGAUCUGGAGUUCAGUGCCAUCUACAGCUAUCCAGUUUGAGGCUAGGCUGGGCUACAUGACAUUCUGUCUUUUUGUGUGUGAUUGGUAUCCGUGUUUCCUCUUCCACGGGCACGGGGACAUCCCUGAGUGAUGGUUUGAGCAAAGCGUGUAGAGCCACCGCUUGCUAGGGGCAUGGACAGAUGAAACUCUUGUGUUAAUGGGGCAAUGUCGCCCCAGAACAUUCAUGGCAGGAAUGGCUUUGCUUGCUGUGUUGUGAUCUCUGCCGCUGGCAGGGCUUUGUGAUGGGAGUUUUCUCUGUGCACUUUAAAAUGUGAUUUCAACACUGUAUAUUCAAUAAACAGUUUCCUCAUCCUUUUA